UCCUCGCCCUCCUCCCUGCCCGCGGGGCGCGGGAGCCGCUGACGGUAGCGAGGCGGAGUCUGGAGGGAAGAUACCGAGAGAUAGAGAUUUAAAUCACAUCCCCGGCUCUACAAGGGCAGCGGCCGCAGCAGCCCCGGCGCAAAGCCACGGACGCACGCAACCGAGAGAGGUUCUGCCGGCUCCGCUGCUCGCCAUGGGUGCCGCCGCCGCCGAGCCCCCCCGCGCCGCCGGCCUGGUGUCCAGCGUGCUGAACGACACGCUCGAGUUCUACCGCUGGACCUGGAGCAUCCGAGACAAGCGUGUUGAUGAUUGGCCCUUGAUGCAGUCUCCAUUUCCAACACUGACUAUAAGCACUAUUUAUCUCCUCACUGUUUGGCUGGGCCCCAAAUGGAUGAAGACAAGAGAGCCCUUCCAGUUACGUUUCCUGUUGGUUGUUUACAACUUUGGAAUGGUUCUACUCAACUUCUUCAUUUUCAAAGAGCUGUUUUUGUCAUCAAGAGCUCGAGGAUACAGCUAUGUCUGCCAGACUGUGGAUUAUUCAGAUAAUGUAUAUGAAGUUAGGAUAGCUGCUGCUUUAUGGUGGUAUUAUGUCUCCAAAGGAAUUGAAUACUUGGAUACAGUAUUCUUCAUCCUGAGGAAGAAAUUUAACCAAAUUAGUUUCCUUCAUGUCUAUCACCAUUUCACCAUGUUCACUUUGUGGUGGAUUGGUAUUAAGUGGGUUGCAGGUGGACAAGCUUUUUUUGGAGCUCAGAUGAAUGCAUUUAUUCAUGUCAUUAUGUACAUGUAUUAUGGAUUAGCUGCCUGUGGCCCUAAAUUUCAGAAAUACCUGUGGUGGAAACGAUACUUGACCAUAUUGCAAUUGGUGCAGUUCCAUGUGACUAUUGGCCACACAGCCUUGUCUAUUUAUAUUGAUUGUCCUUUCCCUAAAUGGAUGCACUGGGGUGUAAUUUUCUAUGCUGUCACCUUCAUUUUCCUGUUUGGUAACUUCUACUAUCGGACAUAUAAGCUGCCCAAGGAACCUGUAAAGAAUGGCAAAAUAGCAAAUGGUGCUGUUGCAAAUGGAGUAAGCAAAGCGGAAAAUAAUCCAGUGGUGGAAAAUGGAAAAAAGCAGAAAAAGGGAAAAGCAAAAGGAGAGUAACUCGAUCCAGGCCUUAACCGUUGUUGGCAGUGAGGAACCUACAGUUUGGUUUAUAAAAGGAAGAAAAAAACACUAUAUGUACCAAUUAACCUUAGGUUACUGAAGAGCUAGAACACAGAUGUUUUCAUUAUUUAUGAAGAUUGUUUUAAGAACAAAACUUAAAGUUGAAUUUCUAUUGUAAUUAUGUAAUUAUCACACACAUGGUCUCUGUGUAAACUUGUAGACUGCUGGUGUUGGUGAAAGUAAGGAAGAAUUGCAGUUAAUUCCAUGUUUAGCAGUCCAAAAGUCAAAACAAUCACUGACACAACCAGUUUUGUUGGCACCCACGUUUCUUUGGGAGAGGGAGGGAGAGGAAGUAGCAUUUGGAUACUUGUUUUCUUUCCAGAAAAUUAUUAAAUUUCAAAUUAUGAUGUAUUAUCUAAUCAGAAUGUGCAACUUUUCUUGUCUUCCUUGGAAAGUAUCUUCAGACACAUCAUGUUUAUGUGCUGUCAGAACAGUGUUUGACUUUUUCAGACAUUACUUGAUUUAAUUUAGUGUCUGUUACAGUUUUUUGGUUGUUUUUUUUUUCCCUUGUGUGGAAAUAUACCUACCUCUUCAUCAGCUGAAAGGAAUAUUGAGCAUUAAAUAACUGAUUUCUGAAAUAUGGAGUCCUCUAAUAUACAUAUCUGUUAAUAAGAAUUUAGCAGAAAAAUUAAUUUCCUGUGGGAGUGAAAGGGACUUUUUUCAGGUAUUUUUUGGUCAAAUCAUCAAUAUUCUAAUUUAAUGUAAACUUAAAUAAACUUAAAUUUUGGAGUGGUAUUUCUAGUACAGCUAAGUGAAGAUGACAUUAGAUUUUAUAAAUAUGAAACAAUACAUUGUGUGAAGCAAGCAAUUAAAGUAGGCCUGUUGCUUGUUGUCUGUGACCUGCAUUAAACCUGUAGUGCUGAUGCUGAAAAUUGUCAGAUGACAUUUGGUGGGGAGAAAACAAAGUGUAGGUCUGUUUAGAAGUGCAGUGUGUAUGGCUAGUCAUACUAACAGGACAGUCACUUUACUGGGGGAGAGAAUUUAGUAAUACAGUACAAAAGACAGCAAACAAAAUGCUGAAAAUGCUGCUACUACUUGAUGCACAUCAAUACUCUAUUUGUUUAGACACUUGCAGACAAAGUAUCGCUAAUAGGCCACCAUUUUAAUGUGAAUAUCAGAGAUGAGCUGCUGAAACUCUAGUUCCAAAAUAUUCUUGGCUCUUCUCAACCUAAUUGACAAAGUGAUUCUGCUAAUCAUUUUUCAGUCAUAACUGCUACACAAAGUAGAAGCCUCUUUUAGACAGCUUUUCAUCUUACUUGGUACAUUAAUGGGCUAACUCCUUUUGUGAAGAAAAUAUAAAAAGAGUUUUAUGAAAGGGAAAUGUGAUCUAACUAAGAAGUUUUGAGUUGCUGAGGAUGCAAUGAGUAAAAGACAGGUUGAAUUAGAAACCAUGUCCUGAGCUCUGGGUCCUUGCUCAUCACUGUAACAGCUGCAUUGUUGCUGUGGAAAUGCAUUCUUCCCAGCUCUGGUCAGAAACAUUCAUUGCUCGAUGCAAGUGAUAUCAUUACUGCAGGAAGAAUGUACGUGGAGUUCUAGGUAUAGAGAUUAAAGUGUGUGGCACAUCUAAGAUCUUGCAUCUCAAAUAUCCAUUCACCUGUUGUGAACUGUUUUGCACAUUAUAAACAUCUUUUGUGUCUUGGGUUUGUCUCUUGUCACUGUAAUGAAAGCUAUCUAAACCUAAAAAUGCAGGUCAUAGGGAAAAAGGUUGGUUAUGAUCUGUUCUACUGGGAUAUAAUUCCUAAUGUUGGAGCUGAUUCAACUACAAGACUGGUUCAUCGGUAAUAUCCAUGAACAUGGAUUUUAUGGCAGAAUGUAAGAUUGUUAGAGAACGUCUCUGCUGAACUGUAAUGCAUGUGACCAUUAAUUUUCCUAUCCGUUGUGUCUUGUGAUUCUUCCAGCCUUUGUAAUGAAUCUUUUUUGCAUUUGUAUAACUCUGUUUAUUUAAUGUGGCAUGGGGAAGAGGGAACAUGGUCUAUCCUUCUUUUUUGGACAGAUGCCACUGCAUUUAACCAAGCCAAAAUGUUGGCUGGCUGUGUUACUCUGGAAUGGCUAAAGGAGCAAAUAACUACAAAGCAAGUUAGACAGCAGAUUUACAGCACACCCGCUACUCCAAGGUAAUGUCUGGUGUGGAGAUUCUUACCCUUCUGUAAAUUCAGGGUAGCUUACCCCACUGUGAUCAAAGGGUAGCUUCUUUCUAUUUGCCGUGGGAUGUGGGCAGCUAACUUGUAAAUCUGUAUCAUUCCUUGUUUUGUGUUUAAAUUGGUCAUUUGCUCUGUCUUUAUUUCUGUAAACCAGAUUGGAUAAACUCAUAAUCUUAAUGUGAUCCAGCUCCAAGAGAGCAUACCGAGAAGUAUUCUAGUACGUGUUCAACUACAUCCUUUGCUACACUUUGUAAAGUAAGAAUUAUAUCUUGCAUGUUGGCAAAUAUUUAAAAUAAUUGGAAGUCAAAUCUUCUCUCCCCCUUAGCGUGCAUGGAAGCUGCUUAAAGUUGAUAAAACUUGAACUUUAUUGGCAGAACUUGAGUAGAAUCCUAUCCCCAAAUUCUGGAUCACUUGGUACCUUUUAAAAAUUUAAAAAAGAAACAUUAAACAAUGCAUUGUGAGAAUGCAUGCAUAGGUACACAUCAUGUUGUCUGGACAUGUGGAUAAACCCAGUUUGAGAUUAGCAGUUUAAUGGG